AUGCUCACUCUAAUCAAUCCAUCGGCGCAUGCCCUGCUGGAAUCUCAGGCCUCCAAGUACUCCUGGCUGCUCCAGAACGUUGGCACGGUGACCGAUGCCGACCUCGGCCAGCACCUGAUCACCCUGUCUGAGCAGGGCGUGCUGGCCAGCCUGAGCCCCGGCGAUGGUAGAUUGCUUUGGCGAAAGGUGCUGAGCCCAGGUGCCCGGCUCGUGUCGGGGCCCGGGGUGGCCGUCGCCAUCGAGCCUGCCAGGGUGCUGGCCUUCGCUGCCACCAAUGGGGCCCUGCUCUGGGAGCGCCCCGCCGUCGAGGCAGACGUGGCCUUCACUGCCAAUGGGCGCCUCGUGCUGACAGCUCAGGACGCCGUCCAUGUGCUGGCGGCCUCCAACGGCGUGGUGGUGGCCAGCAGCAAGGUCCAUGUGGAUGGGGAGGAGCCCAGCGAGGCGCGGCCCAGCGUGCACAGCGCCGGCGCCGAUGCUGCCACCGCCCUGCUCGCCAUCUGGGCGCCCAUUCGCCGCGCGCUGGUGGUACUGCAGCUGGACAGCUCCAGCGGCGCGCUGACUCAGAUUGCCAGCCACGCGCUUCCUGCCAAGGUGCAGGUCGACUUGGACCCCGCCGCGGUCGCCUUCCUGGCGGGGUCGCGGCUGCUGGCCGUCACCGCCGACGGCAGCACGCUCUGCCACGCCGAGACCCAAGGCGAUGCCCCGCUCAGCUGUGAGGCCCAGCGCACCGCCGACGCCCGGCCCCUGUCCGGCUUCCGCCUGCUCAAGGUGCGGCCCUGCGGCGCAUACCCCGCCCUCCCCGUCCAGACGCCCGACGGCCUGGCCCUGUUUGCAUACCAACGUGGCGCACUGGGUGCCAUAGCAUUUGUCCCCGGCGGCGUCGGCGCCGCCUGCGCGCUCGACGCUGCGGGGCAGGCGAGCGCCGCCGUGCUCGUGGAGGGGGACCCGCUUUCAGGCCCGGGCGCCGCACGCGUGGACUUUCUGAACCCCGCCGAUGGCGGCCACGAGGCCGCCUGGCUGGCGGCGAGGCCCGGCACCCUGCAGGCCCUGCGCGCCCAGCUCCUCCUGCUCAAGGCCCAGGCCGGGUUCGGCAGCGCGGAGGAGGCGGCGGAGGUGGCGGCCUUCCAGCACGCCACCGACGACCGCCUGCGCCCCUUCCGCGACGCCGACGGCUUCAGGAAGCAGAUCCUGGUCCUGACCGAGCACGGGUGGGGGAGGGAGGGGGGGAGAGGGUUUGGCAAACUGGUGUCCCUGCACAGCAGCGACGGGCACGUGCUAUGGACCCUGACCCUGCCUCGUUCCGGCGCCCUGACCUUCCGCCGCGUGCUGAUGUGGCGCGAGCCUCACACGCUCCACGGCGAGCUGGAGGUGGUGGUGCUGGCAGAGGGCGCGUCCGGGGGCGCCGCAUGCGUCGUGGACGCGUACUCCGGGCGGCUGGCGGCCACGCUGCCGCUGCCCGGCGGCAUGCGCUCCUGGGCGCCGCUGCCCGCGCCGGUGGCGGAGGCCGACGCCUCGAGCUUCGUGUACCUGGGCGUGCCGCUGGACCCCGCGGCCCCCGCGCCCGUGCUGGCGGUGGCGCGCUCGGCCUCCCGCCCCAACGCCCCCGGCCCCUUUGCCAAGGCCUUUGGCGGCGUGGACGUGCGGUACCGCUACCUGAACCCCAGCCUGACGCUGGUGGCCACCGGCGCCAGCGCCGGGACCGGCCCGGGGGCCGACGGGUCUGUGCCCCCGCUGACCGUGCACCUGCUAGACGGCGUAACCGGGCGAACUCUCUGGUCCGCGAGUCACGAGGGCGGCCGCGGCCCCGUGCGCGCCGUGGUGGCCGACAACUGGGCGGCCUAUCACUUCUGGUCGGCCGCCGCGGGGCGCUGGCAGGUGGGCGUGGUGGAGCUGUACGAGGCCGGGGAGCGACGGGUCAGCGUGGCCCAGCUGGCGCUGGCCGGCCCGCCCAACUCCACGCUGCCCGCCAGGCGCCCGCCAGCGCUGGAGGCGUACGCCGCGAGCUAUCACACCAAGCUGGCGGCGGCGGCGCUGGGCGUCACUCGCACGGCGCACGGCACCACCGCGCCGCAGCUGCUGCUGGGCACGACGGGGGGGCAGGUGUACAUGCUGGACCGGCGCCUGCUGGACCCGCGCCGGCCGGUCGUGGACAAGCCCACGCCGGGCAUGCUGGCCGAGGGCCUGGCGCCCUACGCCAGCGAGCUGCCGCUGGCGGGCGGCGCCUUUGCCACGCGCGGAGCGCGCGUCGCGCGCCUGGCCGACCUCCUCGCCGACCCCGCCACGCUGGAGUCCUCCAGCCUGCUCCUGGCGCGGGGGCUGGACCUGUACGGCGCGCGCCUGGCGCCCUCCGCCACCUUCGACCAGGUGCCCGACGACUUCCCCUACGCCCUCCUGGUCCUCAUCGUCCUGGGCAUGGGCAGCGGCGCCGCCGCGCUGCGCAGGCUGUCCGCGCGUCGCGCCGUCAACCGCCUGUGGGAGUGA